AUGGAGUGGGUGGCAGCCCCAGGGCCCAAGCAGAGGGCCCCUCCUCGAGCCUUGGAGAAUGCUGUGCCCCAAGCAGAAGCCUGGCUGCCAGGAGUCUCUUGUGCCACCUCAGCCUGGGCCACCAGCCUGGAGGGAGAGCUUCCGUCAGAUCUGGAGCUGAGCGAGGAACAGCGGCUACAGAUCUCCAAGGAGCUGGUCGACCUUCAGAUUGCAACUCAUCGCCUGCAGGAGCAGCACGAGGCUGAAGUCUUCCAGCUGAAGAGGGAGGUCCUUCGGCUGGAGAGCCGGGUGCUGGAGCUGGAGGUGCGUGGAGAUCAUAUCAGCCAGGGACAUGUGGACCCAGCAGAGGUCAACCCAGCACAGAAGUUCAAUCAAGAAAACCAGGGGCCCAGACACUCUGCCCACCACAGCCACCAGGUCACCCUGACCACAGGAAGAGCCCAGGUGCAACCCAAGGAUGUCCUGAUCCCUAAGCCAUUGAAACUGGAGAAUAGUCUGCUGGGAACCCAGGAGCUUCGGGGUGAAGUGAAGUGGGUGCUGGAACAUCACAGGGCCCUGCAGCAGACACUGGAGACACGGGUGGCAGCCCUGGGCCAGCAGCUGCAGGGAGCACAAGAGGAAGCCAGGGCAGCUGGACAGCGGCUAGCUGCACAAGCAGUGAUGCUGUCCACCUGCCAGGGCCAGCUCCGACAGGCCCAGGUUGAGAACGCCCGGUUGCAGCUGCAACUGAAGAAGCUGAAUGAGGAGUAUGCCCUCCGGCUGCAGCGCUGCGCCCGAGAGGCAGUGGGAUAUGCAGAUGGUGCAAGCCAGGCUGCCCUUCAGACUUUCCUGGAGGCCACUCUGCAGGACAUCCGGGCAGCACACCACAGUCGUGAGCAACAGCUGGCCCGGGCUGCUAGGGCCUACCGAAAGCACCUGGCUGAUCUGAGCCGUAGGCAUGAGGAGCUGCUGGCCACACACAGGACAACUGGGACCCUCAAGGCUACCUUUACUACAGCCACAGACCUGAAGCCACUGUCUGUGCCCCUGGCCACUGAGCUCAGCCACCUGCAGAAGGAUGAGCACAGCCAGCUCAGGAUGCUGCCCUUGUGCCCACAAAAGGGACCUGGUGAAGCCUCCUCCCAGGAGACCUCAGAGCCACUGAGCCUGGAUACCAACUCCUGGGCCCAGAUCUGCCAGAAGCUCCAGGACUUCUCCCGAGGCACUCAGGCAGAGCUGGAACGUGAGCGAGCACAGCUGCUGGUGCGGGCCACCAAGGCUGAAGAGCAGCUUUCAGAGCUGCAGGAGUAUGUGGACCAGCACCUGGGAAGGUAUAAGCAGGAAAUCCUGAGGCUGAGGAAGCUGGUGGGUGCAGGGGACCCCUGGAAAGCGGGAACCACACCUCCAGCCAAUCCCUAACAUCCAAGGACACAGCCGGCCUUCUGAGGAGCACAGAGCAGACCCCUUCGU